UGGUGGUGAAUAUAAUUGAAGUUUGAUCAGGAAGCGAUCUCUCUGCUGAUCCUCUCUGCUUUUAUCUGCUCUUGAGGAGGGAGUAAAAUGACACCCACGCAGGAAAUAAAGAUUGAAAUUAAAGAAGAAAAUGAGGAUGAAGUUGAAAGCAGUGAUGGAAGUUUUCUGGAGACAACAUUGAUCAAAGAAGAAUACUCUGUGUGCAAUGAAGAUCCAUCCGGAAGUUGCUUUGAAGAUCAAUCUGAAGGAUUUGGAGCAUCUCAAGGAUCUCAGCUAGCUGUGAAAUGUGAAAUUGAGCAACCUCCGGAAAGUAGUAGCCACCAAAUCCCCAAAGACAGAACAACAACAAGACCCAAAUGUCGCCUUUGCAAGGAAAUCUUCUUCCGGGAAACUCAACUGAAGGAACACAUUGCUUCCGUUCAUGCAAAAGAGGAGAUUUUUGAGAUUGCAAAGCGCCAAUUGGAGAUGAUUAAUAAAAUAACAAUCCCAACACAUUCAAGGGUUCAAUACUUAAGGAGGCGUAAGGCGGUAAUGAGUAACUACAGGGAGAACUUGAGGAAGUACCCAAAGCUCAACGUAACAAACAUCAUUAGGGUCACGGCCAGGUGUACGGGAACACCAGCUAGUACAAUAUGGAAAAUGCUGAGGGAUGAAAAGGCUGAAAUAAAGUAAACUAAUAAGAUAAUUUUUUUAUGAAUAAAAAAUCGAAUU